GAGGGGAUGGAGGAGUUCCAACGGGGGAGUGACGAGGGAGAGAGACAGAGAGAGAGACAGAGAAGAGAGAGAGAGAGAGACUACAUAUACAUCCCAACACUAGGAGGCUGGUGCUCAGAGGCACAGUUGGACUGUUGGAUAACUGGACUGCACCCCCCUGUAUACUUUAUUGGACUAUCAGAGUUCUCACUGUGAGGCCAGCAGGGAUUCACUCUAGUUGAGAGUUUGAGCAAGGAAGCAGGCCACAGUCCAACAAUACCUGAACAGCUCUACAUGUUAUACUGUUAUUUGUUGUGCACUGAAUAAUAACAAUACCAGCAAAGAUGGCCGGCCAGCUACAGAAGAUCGUAGCAGAGAAGAAGAACGUGGUAGAGACUGUAAUGGAAGUGUUUGAACAGGGAGCUGAGGUGGUGGCCAGUAUCGCAGGUGACCUCUUCCCUGUUUUUGCCAUCGCUGCUCCCAUCGUGAAAUUGGCCCUGGACAAUGUGGAGAGCAAGGAAGCUGCGUUCAUGAAGGAGCAGUUCCAGAAAGUUCGUGAACGCCUGGAGGUGGUUUCAGAGGAGAUGCAGCGUAUUAACGAGGAGAUCAAGAAGAGCGGAGCGGACGCUGCCUACUUUUCUGUAGAGGAGAACAUCUCCAACCAGUUCCGCAAGUACAUGGACAUCCUCAAUGCCAAACCCAAGUUUCGUGAGGUCAAGAAGAAGCUUUUCAUGGAGCAUUUUGUCAAAACAGGUGGCGACAAAAACCUACACACCCUCUAUAGUGCCGUGACGGGAGACAACUUCUCUGGAGAGUCAGUGUUGGAAAUUACUCUUAACUAUGAAGAGAAAAGUCGACGCGCUAUGGAAGACUUCUGUGCCAGGUUGAAGAAACUCUUUUGCAUAGGCCUCAUCGCUCUGAUGGGCUACACCGCUCUAAAGGACUGCGAUGACGAAGAGAAGCUUCUUCAAGACUGGGGUGAAAAGAUGAAGGAUGUACAGGUGAAAAUGAAUGCUGUCAUUGAGGACUGCAUCACCAGCUUCCCCAAGCAGUCUGAACUGGAUUCCCGGAGGUUGGUUAGGGACCACUCUGACCUGAGCAACCAGCAGCUGGCAGACACCAUUUUGGAGAAGCUGAAAAGAAAGUAUGACUGGGUGUGCUGGUCUGUCCGUAUAUUCAGUUCCCCUUCGGGCCUGUUCUCCAACAAAAAAGACAUCCAGUGCCCCACAGGAAAAAAUCGCUUUCAGGUGCCAGCGACAGACGAGAAGCUGAAUGUCAUGGUCUCCUACAGUGCCUCGCCCGAGCCUCUGAACAAGGCCCACAUCCAGCAGCUGAUCCAGGGUCAGAAGAAACUCACCGUAGUGGGUACAGCUGAGCUCCUGUUUGGGCAGUUGCCAGGUCCAUGUGCAGUCCACACGGUCAAGACUUGCAAAGACCUGGCCUGUGUCUGGAGCUUUGCUGAAGAGCUACACUACUGGGAGGAGCACAAGAACUUCUAUGUUUGUGUUCACUACAAUUGACUUUUUCUUACUUAAAAAUGAAUAAUUAGCCUUAGCUCCCAAUGUUAUAUUCAGUCCAAUUUUGAUCUUUACACUAAGACUGACAUUGCCAAGUACUUUCUCUCUUUCUCAGUUGAGUUCUGAUCCCCAGCUAUACUAAUGAGGAGGAACAUAGGCUAACAUUUAUAAGGCAUGAUACUUACCAAAGACUGUUUUACCUGUUAAUCUAUUCUUUGUAAUGUUUUUCUUUUAUGUAUGCCCCCUACUAAAAUAGUGUAAAUAAAAUCUGCUUUACAUUUUCAAAUAAACCACACAUAAUAACUGUGAUAGUCAUGA